AUUAGAUAAAUUUGUUUUUCGAGUUGGACUAUCCAUUUAGAAUACUUCGUUAAUCUGCUAGCUGCUUUUAUUGUUACUGCUGUUUGUUAUUAUUUUAUUUAUUGUUAGUCAUCGUUGUGUCUAAUAAACUAUUGAUUUCACCCUUAAAACGACGCAAUGGCUGAAGGUUCGAAUUCAAAUCAAUUUCAGUUUAUGCCCCAAGUUGUGCCUAUUUUCCGUCCACAACAACUGCCGCCGCCGCCGCCGCCGCCUCUACAGAACGCGCAUUUUCGCAUGCCCGGCCAACCGAUUUUCCCGGUACCACCACACUUUGGAUAUCCGCCAGUCACGUGGUCACCAAUACAUCAAUAUCCAAUAUCGCAACCGAUAUACAAUCCCUUUGAGGAGGAUAACGACUACAAUCACGAAUACUACAACAAUAACGGGCAUAACGGCUGUCCAAUCGACAAUAUGCAAAACAGACAACAAUCGCCUCGACGAUCGAUACGAACCACGUACACUCGAAACGUGUCCAGUAAAGUAUGUCCGCUUUCCAUACAAUAAUUAAAUUGGAAUCAAAUGCACUUAAUCGAUUAUCAAUAAAUAAAAACAGUACCUAUAUAAUCUACUCAUCCGUGAUUUAUCCACUCGUGGUAUUCGAUUUCAAAUCAAAUGUCCCAUUAGUUUUGUAUCGGUAACGGAUAUGUCUGAUACCUACCUAUUGGAAAUUCGGAAAACAGUAAUAUCUAUAACUCGCCACUAUUGUUAUUAAAUUAUUUAAAUUUUUUUUUAAAAAUACUACAUUCCUAGCCAUUAGUUUUAUCUACAUCUACAGAUAUUAGUAAUGUACCUAUAUCAUUUUUGACGUUUUUAAUAUGAUGAAUAUAGUUGCAGUGAUAAUUAUUUAAUUACAUAUAUUUAUAACAUAAGCAUAUGCAGAUUGGUUUGAAAGUGAGUAGUUGAAAAUAAUAAUGCUUAAUACAAUAAAGUAGUGUUAUAGAUACUGGUUUAGUUGACUAAACCAAUAGGUACCUAAUAAUAUAAUAGUACGAUUUGCUGGUUGUAUAUCUUAUACUAAUUAAGAAAGUCUUAAGGACAAUCAUGUUUCAAUUGAUGUUGUAGCGGGUAUGUAAAUUUAUGAGUAUUAACUUCAGUGAGUAAUUUGUACGACCGAUAUUAAAAAGAAAAUCCAAUUUGGAGAAGGGGUAAUUUUAAGUACUGGAGACAUGACCUAUUUUUGUACCAGUUGAACUUACAAACUCAGUUAUUUUCUAAUGUUUCAUUUUGGGUGUUUAAACGGAAAAACUAAUACCUACAACUUUAACACAAAAAUUAUUCUCUAACGUAUGAAUUUAAUACUCUUCUAUUAUAAUAGGAUUUAUGGAGUUGUAUUAUAUACUCUAUUUAAUUAGAACAAUUUUUUUUUUUUUUUAACUUUUUGUUUUAGGUUGGUACUAAUAUACAUUUUUAAACUAAUGAAGAGACAAACCAUUUAAUUUGAUUAGUCAAAUUUUUUCAAAGACACACUUGCUAUUAUUUCACCCAAUAGUAGAUUGUUCACUUAAGUACUGCUUGCUUUAUAGUUACUUGUUGAAUUUAUCCAUUAUAAAUUAGCAAUUAUCUUACUUUGUCAUAGUAAAAGAUUGUUAUUAUAUUUAUAGUUAAAACAUUUUUAUUUAAAUUAAUGGUUUAUAAAUGUACCUAUUAGGUAAUCUAGUUUAUUUAUACAUAGUUUAUAAUGAAUAUACCUAGCUAAUUUUGUGAAAAAAUGUAUAUAUUACCUAGGACAUAUGUAUUAUUAUAUAAUUUAAAGUAAUGAGAACAUCAUGUUUUUGUUAUUUAUUUAUUAUUUGCUAUUGUUUAUUAAUAUAAGAACAUAAUUAAUGCUGUAAAUAUUUGAAACAAUGUAAAAUUAAAAUUAAUUAUACCUUAAUAUAAUAAAAAAAUAAUAAUUUAUUGGGAUAAAUGUUGAAAAUUGAUCAAAAAUAAAAAAACAUGAUACUAAAAUAUCAUAUUAUAUUUUCUUUUUUUUCCUUCUUUUUUUGGGGUUGUAUAAAUUUGUCUAAGGGUCGCCAUUUAGUGGCCCCUUGGUCACAUUUUCAUUUUAAUCUUAGUCCUAAAUUUCCAAAUUAAAAAAAAAAAAUAAUAGAAUUAAAGAGUGAUCUAACCGAUUUCAUGUAAAUAUGUCACUGAAUAUAAUUUUUUUUCAGAACUAGGUAAUUGCUUCAUUACAUCUGUUACUAAUUGAAAUGAAAUUGAUCUAAAUUGCUAUAUUUUGCGAAUGUUUUGAAAAAAAGAAAAUACCAAUAUCUAAUCUUUUUUUUUAAAUCUAUCAACAUUUUGACUAUUCCAUAAUUAUUAAUUAGUAACCUUAAUUGUUUCUCAAUAUAUUUAUUUACAUGACUUGCAUCCGUUUAAAUUAUGUAUUAUUUAUUUUGAAAGUGUUUUCAUUAAGAUCAUUUUUUUUCAACUGGGUAUUUACAUUUACCUCUUAAUUAAUCAUUAUUUCUUAACACACAUCAUAAUGUCUUUGCUUUAUCCACUUAAAAUAGUUAAUUUUACUUUUUCUAUUGAAUAUACUCAUUACAUGUAAGUUUUCAUAAAAAAAUGUGCUUAUUUUUUUAUGAAGACAGUAUAAACAAAUAUAUUGUCUCUAUGUUCCUAUAUAGUAUAUAGUAGUCAAUAUUAUAAAUUAAAAUGUACAAAACUUAAUUCUAACCCGAUACCUGUGUAAUUUGAAAGUCUUAAAAUACAAAUGUUCUCAAUUCUAUGAUUUUUAAACUAAUAAUUAACUAUAUCAUCUAAUUUAUUGUUAUUAAUUUUAGUUUGAUACAAGACAUGAAGAGUUCAGAAAACACUUAGAAGAAACGGGCAUCUUAUCUUCUUUCACAAACAUUUUAGCUGAAAUGUAUCAAGAUCCAUUGAGACCCAAUGAUUCGUUGGGGUAACUAUUCAUAUUUCUAAAAUAAUUAAUAAAUUCAUAAAAUAUAUAUGUUUGUUUUUAAGAUAUAUUAGAGAUAAAUUAGCCUGUUCAAAGCCAGAAGUGGCCGAACUUUCAAAUCUUCGUCAGUGGUGUGAACAGUAUCAAAUAAAAACAAUGCGCCUUGAAAAAGAAUUAAAACAUGUCAUUGAGCGGUUGAGGAAACAUGAACCAUAUAUUACUGAUGAUUCUCUUUUUGAAAAUUCUGCCGAAAAUGACUGUAAAUCGUGUGUAUUAGAUACAGAAAAACAAGAACUUAAAUUUUGGAAUAAGGAAGAAAACGCCAACCAUAAAUCCAUUAAGGAUAAUAAUCAAUAAGUUGGUUGGUGUUGGGUUUUGUAAGUUAGACAAAUAUUAAGUUAAUUACAUUUGUUAUUGUUUCUAACCAAAAAGUUAUCAAUUUUAUUCUUGUUACAGAUAAUUUUUAAUUUAUCUGUUUUUAAAAUUGGACUGCUUAUUAAAUUUUAAAGAUGUUACUAAAAAAAAUUCUUUUAUGUUGAAUUGUUAAAAAUUCUUUAUUCAGAGAAUUAUUCAUUAGAAUAAUUUUUUAACCUAUUAUGUUAUGAUUAUAUUUGUAUUUUUGAAUGUAUUUUCUCUUUGAAAUCUAAUUUUAUUUAUGCUACCUUUUUAUAUAUAUAUAAUAUUAUCUUGACUUAUUCUGGGGUUUUUUUUUUAAAUUUUUAUCAGUUAUCUCUUUGGAAGUUGUCUAAUUUUAAUAUAAAAUGAUUUAUUAUUUAUUCAUAUUAUGCUCUACACUUAUUUUGCCAUUAUAGAUAAUUAUUUUUAUUUAAUACUAUGUGGUAGUUUGGUCCAACAUUUUAUAAUUCGCAAACUAUAUAAAUUAAAU